AUGGCUAUUGGCCUAUUUAAACUCUCUAAAACCCAAAGAAACACAUUAUCAAUAAUAUUUUACGUUUUAAAUAUUAUCGAAGUUUUAUUCGGACUUUCAAUAACUGGAACUUCCAUAUAUGUCUGUUUGGCCAUAUCCCCAAUGAUUCUUACCGAAAAGGCCGAAAUAGAUUUCGUUUUCGUCGUUUAUAUAAUAUUUGGUGUUAAUAUUACAAUGACUUGGUUAAUCGGACUCAAAAUUUGCCAGAAAUGCACGAAUCAAGCUCACAAAAAAAGCACAAGAAGUUUACUGUUGUUAUGGUAUUGCGCAGGCACCAACAUGAUUGUUACUUUAUUAAUUAUUACAAGCAUGUCAAGAAAAGCUAACAAACAUAUUAUAAAAUCUAUGAAAAACUCCUUGCAAGGAGGAAUGGAAUCGUAUCUUAGCGAUUCAGAAUCGAAGGAAACUAUAGAUAAAAUACAAUACAACUUGGAAUGCUGUGGAUAUGAAUCGUACAAAGAUUGGUACAGAAUCGAGUGGAUGAACGACAAGAUAAUCGAAAACAAAGCUCGUCAAGUUGAAGAAUUACGUCUCGACAAUACUAAAUUCACACUACCCGUAGUUCCAUGGUCUUGUUGCAAAGUGAAUUUUCCUUUACAAUGUCUUCACGAUCCUUUGCAGCAACGAAUAUACACCAACCUCUGGGUGGAUGAACCUGAAACCGUUACAAACUCGCUCAAUACUGAAGGAUGUUUAAAAAAAAUGAGAUCUCCUUUUGGAAAGAUUAUUGAGUCAUUUACCUUGAUUAUAAGUGCAAUAACUAUUUUACAUGUAAUAACUAUCCUAGUUUCAAGAAUCCUGUAUACAUCUUGCAGGAAUGCUAUCUUACUUUACGAUCAAGAAGGUGUGGCUCCUGGUUGGUUAUUUGGCAGAGGAGAUUGUGGAUACGCUAGAGGAAAAACCCUAACCGAGAUAAUGGGCAUAACAAAUGAAAUCUUGGAGCAAAGAAUUAUAGACGAAAAAAGAAAGGAAAAAGUAGCCAAAGAAGUUAAAACAAAAUCAAAAAAAUCGAGCAAAACCGAUCAAUCUAGACAUACUGAAAGUUCAAAAACAACUACAUUGUUUGACGGGUUUAAGAAGUUUGGCAAAAAAAGCAAACGAGCUUCAGCGAAUGUUGCUGAAGAAGUUUUAUUGGAAACGAAUAAAGAAUAA